AUGGUUUCCAAUCCAUUUGUUGACAGUCUUGAAUUGUCAAAGCAGUCGGAAAUGGUUGCCGAUGUCACCAAGGAUGUAAACAGCACAGUCCAAGAGCUGAAGGGAGUUGAAAGGUCCCAUCAAUGGGAUCCAAAUCUCCCCCAGGAGAAGAUCGAUGCUAUCAAUGAGGCUGGUAGUAUAGACGAUCAAGAGAAAGCUGCGGAAUUCGAGAAAUCAGCGACGCCAAAUUCCCAGUAUGAAUCUGUUCGUGCUGCCGUGCGCAAUACAGAUGGAGGAGAGAUGGUAAAUACAGUGCGCGCGUGGAUUUUGGGUAUGUUAUUCACGACAAUUGGAAGCGGACUCAAUAUGUUCUUGAGCAUGAGGAGCCCUGCAAUCUCGUUCCCUGCAAUUGUUGUACAGUUACUUGUGUACCCAAUUGGUUGUCUAUGGGCCAGAGUGAUUCCCACCCGGAGAUUUAACACCUUUGGAGUUGAAUGGACCUUUAACCCGGGCCCUUUUACCAUCAAAGAACAUACAGUUAUAACGCUUAUGGCGAACGUGUCAAUUGGUUACGCGUACUGCACUGAUGCACUAUUGGCUCUAAAAGCACCAUCGUUAUACAACUUAGAUAUUGGCUGGGGCUUCGAGCUUCUUUUCGCACUGAGCAGCCAGAUAGUUGGAAUCUCUCUCGCAGGAAUAUUUCGCCGUUUCCUUGUGUGGCCUGCUGCUAUGAUAUGGCCUACCCAAUUUGCCAACACAACGUUGUUCUAUGCACUGCAUGACAAGAGUCCCUCCGAUCCCUCGCAGACAAAUGGCUGGAGUAUCUCGCGAUACCGCUAUUUCUUGUAUGUCAUGAUUGGUGCGUUUUGCUGGUAUUGGAUCCCUGGAGUUAUCUGGCAAGGACUAUCGAUUUUCGCUUUCGUGACUUGGAUCAAGCCCAACAAUGUCGUGGUGAACCAGUUAUUUGGUGGCUUCACUGGACUUUCACUUAUUCCUCUGACAUUCGACUGGACCUAUGUCUCAGCAUACCUCCUCGAUCCCCUAUUAUCACCUGUCCAUUCAAUCAUGAACACAUUCAUUGGACUCGUAGUCUUCGUGAUAAUUGCGUCCAUCGGUAUCUCCUACACAGGAGCAUUCUAUUCCGACUAUCUCCCCAUCAACACGUCUACUACCUAUGACAACACACAACAGCAAUAUAACGUCAGCAAAAUUCUUGGAGACAAUUUCUCAUUCGACGAGGCAAAGUACAAGGCAUAUUCACCGAUGUUUCUCGCUCCUACAUUCAUCCUAAAUUACGGUCUGUCUUUCGCCGCCUUGACGGCAGUCAUUGUUCAUGUUAUCCUCUAUCACCGGAAAGAGAUUUGGCAUCGUGGGAAGGCGGCUCUAAACCAAGAGUCCGACAUUCAUUUGACGCUCAUGAAACAGUAUAGGGAAGCUCCAGAGUGGUGGUAUGGAGCCCUGUUCCUGAUCUCCAUUGCCCUUGGGCUGGGAGGUGUACUUGGAUAUGAUUCCCAACUGCCAUGGUGGGCAUAUUUUGUCUCUCUCAUCAUUGCCGUGGUGUUUAUUAUUCCAACUUGCAUGAUCAUGGGUGUCACGAAUAUUACGCUUUCUCUCAAUGUCCUAUCGCCAUUCCUAGCCGGUUUUAUGAUUCCCGGAAAGCCGAUCGGUGUCAUGGUGUUCAAAGUCUUCAGCACGAUUACACUGGGACAAGCUCAAGUCUACUGUCAAGAUAUGAAGCUGGCUCACUAUAUGAAAAUCCCACCCCGUGUCACUUUCAUGUGCCAAGUGAUCCCAACAUUGUGGGCUUGCUUUGUCCAAGUUGCGGUCAUGAACUGGACACUGGGAAAUAUCGAAAAUGUCUGUACAACGGACCAAGCAGCAAAUUUCUCGUGCCCUAAUGGGCGAACAUUUUUCUCAUCGAGUAUUGUUUGGGGUGUAAUCGGACCGCAACGUAUCUUCGGACCUGGUUCAAUCUAUACACCGAUCUUGUAUUUCUGGCUACUUGGAGCCCUGCUCCCAGUAGCAUUCUACCUCCUCAUGCGAUUUUUCCCAAGGUCCAAGGCCCGAUUCCUCAAUGCACCAGUUAUGCUUGGUGCCAUGUCCUGGCUUCCACCCGCAACACCAAUCAGUUACACAUCUUGGGUGAUUUUCGGACUCAUCUUCAACUACUGGAUUCGACGUAGAUGGAGUGGAUGGUGGCGGGAGUACAAUUAUGUUACUGCCGCGGGACUUGAUACUGGACUCAUCCUUGCAACGAUUGUCAUUUUCUUUGCAAUCACUUUCCCUGGCGUUGCGGUGCCAGACUGGUGGGGAAACACAGCUCCGUUUGAGACUAUGGACUCUCUGUAUACAGCAAUUCGGAAGACGGUUUCGGGUGGGGAUACCUUUGGACCAGCUACCUGGUAA